AUGGGUUCUUUUUCUUCUUUAAUCGCCACCCUUGUCAUUGCCGUUUUGGUGGCUCUAAGCUUGGCUUCCACAAUAACACCCAAAGGCUCUGACUGCAAGUUUCCUCCACCUCCACCACCACCACCACCACCAAAGUUCUUUAUAGCACCUCCUUCAUUUCCAGCACCAAGGAGGCCGCCGCCCCCGCCGCCAUCAAAGAAGUCGCCACCUCUACCGGUACCAAAGAAGUUUCCUCUACCACCGUCGGCACCAAUAGAGCCAGCUCCUCCACCACCACCAUCACCACCACUACCAAACUCGACUCAUUAA